AUUUUAAAAAAUUUUAUAUAACAACGAAAGAGAGUCAGAGACACCCAGACACAGAGGCGGAUUCAUUUGCAGCGUCAGAAUUUUGACUUCUCUGUGGUGCUUCCACUGAUUCCUGGAUUCUCGUCACAACUUGGUUCACCUUAGCUGUUUCUUGAAUGGAGGAUGUGAAAAGUAUGAAGGAAAAUGGUCCGUCAGAAUGCUCUAUUGUAUCUGAGGCUUCUAUACUGAACGAGGAUCGGGCAAACGGUGCAGCAUCUGAGACGAGCGAAAACAUCGAUGGAAAAAUGAGCCAUGAAAUGCAGGCUUCAGAUAGUUGUAAAGCCGAGCAUGAUGAUGGCGGUGGAUACCUGGAAGAGGAUCAACCUUCUCCAUCGGGAAAUUUGAUUAUUUCAACUUCUUCUCCGGUCAAUGAAAGCGAAACGGGUAUUAUAACAUUUGAAACUGAAUCUCCCCAACUGGAAGCAUUACUUCCACUACCAGAGAAUCCAGAACCAUUGGAGCGUCGCAGAGAUGAAAAUUCUACGGCUCUCCCAGAAUCCCUUCCUUUAUCCGUCUUAGAUGCAAAGCCAAGUGAUUCCGGUUCUCUCCCCGCUGCUCAUACCCAAGACCCUGCAAUUAUACAAGAUGCCUCACCUUCGUUACCCAGUAAUUCUAACUCAGACACGCUGAAACUUCCAGAAGAACCGAUAUCUGUCCUGCCAAAUCAGUCGGAAACAGGACCCACGAUUGCUUCAGAGUUAUCUACAGAAAUUACUUCUCCUGGAAACGGUGCUGACACACCUUCCACCUCAUCCCAUAGCGCAAGAGAGGCUGAGAAUGACAAUAAUGCAGAAAAAAGAAUCAAUGAUGUAUUAGAGCAAUUGAAAAAAGCAACAGAAAAUGAUGCCGAUACAUGUCUGACCUCAUCCUGUGAAGUGGAAGGGACCGAAAGUGCUGGUCACUCAGAAACAAGGACAAUCGAUGCUUCAGAGCUAUCUAAAGAGGCUAUUUCUUCUGCAGAUACACCAUUUGCCUCGUCCCCUCAAGUGAGCAAGGACGAGAGCGAUACACAUUCUGCUUCACCCCCUCAAGCGACUCAAAGUGGAAAUAGUUUUAUGACAUCAGGUAACGGUGGCCAGGCUCUAGCAAAACUUUCCAACCUAUUUUUCAAAACCUCAGCAGCCGCUACCGCUUCCAAACAUCCCGAAAAUGCUCAAAUUGACACAGCAGCACCUUUUGAAUCGGUGAAGCAAGCCGUUUCUAGAUUCGGUGCUAUUGUUGACUGGAAAGCUCAUCGAUCCCAGACUAUGGAGAGACGAAAGUUUAUUGAUCAUGAACUACUCAAAGUGAACGAAGACAUUCCAUUGUUGAAAAAACAGUGCGAAGAUGCUGAUGAGGCAAAAGUGAAUGUUUUGAAGGAGUUGGACAGCACUAAAAGACUAAUUGAAGAAUUGAAGCUUAACCUCGAGAGAGCACAAAUAGAGGAGCAACAAGCGAAACAGGAUUCCGAGCUUGCAAUGCUCCGAGUGGAAGAGAUUGAGCUAGGAAUCACCGAUGAGGCUAGCACUGCCGCCAAAGUGCAGCUCGAGGUAGCUAUAGCCAGGCAUAUGGCUGCCGCAUCUGAGCUGAAAAGUGUGACGACUGACUUGGAACAACUCCAGGUAGAUUAUUCUCUCAUGGUGUCUGAUAGAGAUGCGUGGGUAAAAAAGGCGGAGGACGCUGUUUUGGCUUCCCAAGAAGUCGAGAAGACGGUGGAGGAUUUAACUAUCGAGCUUAUAACCUUGAGGGGCGAUUUAGAUGCUGCACAUGCUGCGCAUUUGGAGGCUGAGGAACAUAGACUUGGAGCAGCAAUGGCGAGAGAGCAGGAUAUUCUAUUCUGGGAGAAAGAAGUCAAGCAGGCAGAAGAGGAGCUCGAGAAGACAAACCAGCAGAUCGAGACCGUAAAGGAUCUCAAAUCAAAUUUAGACACUGCUACGGCCUUGCUGCACGAUCUGAAAGCAGAAUUGGCCAAUUAUAUGGAAGCAAAGCGGGAAGCAGAAACUGAUGGAGGGAACACAAAAGGUGAGUUGCUAGAUCCAGAACGAAAGACUCAUUUCGAAAUGCUAGCAGCAGCGGAGUCAGCUAAGAAGGAACUCAGAGAAGUGAAGCAUAAUUUGGAGAAAGCAAUGGAUGAAGUGAAUUGCCUGAGAGUGGCAGCCACUUCAUUGAAGUCGGAACUGGAAAAGGAAAAGUCGGAGCUUUCCAACGUUGAGCAGAGAGAAGGAAUGGCAUCGAUUGCGGUUGCAUCUCUCGAAGUCGAGCUAAGCACGACCAAGUCAGAUAUUGCCCUCGCACAGGUGAAAGAGAAAGAAGCUAGAGAAAGGUUGGCGGAGCUUUCGAAACAACUGCAAGAGGCAGCACGAGAGGCAGACCUUGCAAAGUCGGCUGCUGAAACAGCUCGUGAAGAGCUGAGAAAAGCAAAGGAGGAAGCAGAGCAAGUGAGUGCUGCAGCUAGAACCGUGGAAAGUAGACUACUCGCAGCUCGAAUGGAGAUCGAAGCUGCAAAAGCUUCAGAGAAGUUGGCAGCAGCAGCUAUGAGUGCACUGGAAGAGAGUGAUUUAGCUCAAAGCACCAAUGGUGAGGGUGCAGGAACUGGAGUAACACUUUCUUUAGAAGAAUAUUAUGUGCUGACCAAGAAGGCCAACAAGGCAGAAGAGCGAGCUAAAAUGAGGGUGGCUGCUGCUAUCUCUCAAAUUAAGGUAGCCAAGCAGUCCGAGUGGAAAAGCCUGAAUAGGCUGGAGGAAGUUAAUUCUGAGUUAUCUGUAAGAAAGGAGGGUCUACGAAUUGCACUAGAGAAGUCCGAGAAAGCCAAGAAAGGGAAGCUGGCUGUAGAACAAGAGCUGAGAAAAUGGAGGUCAGACCAUGCCACUGAAUCUCAUCCAGAAAAUCCAACACUUACCCCGAGAUCAGGUGUUGAGGAGAGAAAAGAAUCAAAACCGGAGGCUGCCCCUACAAUUCACCAUAGGUGGUCUAUGUCUAUCCCAAGCGGACUGAAGAAUCCAAUCUACUCGAAAGAAUCAUCUAUUUCGCAAGAAGGCAGCACCAAAUCUGAUACAUCUUCUGAAGGGAAGAGCUCAAAGAAAAAGAAGAAACCAAUCAUACCACGGGUCUUGAUGUUCUUUACCAAAAAGAAAGUACCGUCUAAGUCUGCAUGAUACAGAAUCAAGACACACCACCUCUCUUUUUGGGGCCUUUACAGAUCAAAAGAAUAAGCUCUUGAAAAAUAUUGAUUGUACAUGUUUUGCAUUGUUUUUGUGUACAAUAAUCUUUUGAUUUUCACAGAUUAAAAGGCAAAGUAGCUUGUAUAGUGCCUUAAGGGAAUAAGUUCAUUACAUGUUUGGUUGGGAAAGGGUAAUAAGGCUUUUUUUUGCAGUUACGUUGUGCUUCUUAUAGUGUAUAUAAUAUAUUCCUGCAAGUUUUAUAAAGAUUUCAGAAGUUUGACCUGAU